CUGUAUUUCAGAGCUGUCACCCUGACUGUCCUUGGACAGUAUUGCAACAAGUGAAGGACGCAGCAGCAGCUUGGAGUCACGGAGAAUGACACAGUUUCUGGCUCUGCGUUCCCUGGCCUCUCGGUCCUUCUCGACAACAGUCAGAAACCAGUUAAAAAACAAAGUGCCGGAGUAUCAGAAGAUCUUCCAGGCAGAUAAUGAUCUUCCUGUCCACCUGAAGGGAGGAACGGUCGACGCUGUGCUCUACCGUAUCACCAUGGCAAUCACUGUCGGAGGCACAUUCUUCUCAAUCUAUCACUUAUUCCAGGCAGCUCUACCUCGAAAAAAGAAAUGAAGGCAGACAGGGAGCUCAGUGAGGCCUGGUCAAGCCUCCCCUUCAACCAAGUGGUUUUGUUGGAUAAAUUAAAACUGCACAGAAAUGUCCAGUCCUAACCGAGUUAUUGUAUGCCAGAGGGUCUUCUCACUACAUGGGACACAGCUCAUUCCCUCGCUGUUUCCAUUAGUGUUUACUAUUGCCAUUAAAGUGUUUGAAAGAGAA